CUCUCGUCUCUCAAGUAGGAUGUUACGAGCUACUGUUCUCUUGGCUGUGGUGUACAGCUCCUUGGCCCACGAUAGCUUCGCCGAGAAAUAUGCCUACACGAAGGUGAUGACUAAUUGCUUUGGUGAGGAAAAAUAUUACAAUUGGACCAAAGAAGUGUUCCAGGCAGUGAAGCAAUGUUAUAACGCAGAGAUUAACUUACCAGAGAAAGACGAAUCUGGGGAAAGUUCUGAGGAAGAGAGUAAAGAAGCGUUCAGUGGGAGUCCCAUGUUCUUGCAAGUGUUCUUUUCACCCCAAGAACAAGACGGAGACCAAGACCGGAAAUUCCCCUUCAAUCUCCCCUUCAAAGCCAUUAGCCAAAGACAGAAGCGUGAAGUAAUGUAUGAUGGCCCGUUGUUGAAGAAAAUGAUAGAGAAAGUGAAAGCCAAGGUGAGCAACUUCACCUGCGUCUUGAAGAAAAUGAAAAUGGUGGAUGACGAGUUCAACCUUGAUUAUGAAGAGAUGAUUAAAGUCAGGAAGGAAAUCCCUGUUGAUGACGCAAUGAAAAAUGAACUUGUCAAGACUAUUAAUCACUGCAAGAAAUUCACGAAAUGCUUGCCCCUCGAGGACUCAGGUUCCCCAAUGCCCAAGAAACUCCAGGAGAUCGUCGUCUUUGCGAAGUGCGAGAAAAAGGCGCGGCUGAAGGCUUGCAUGAAGCUCGACCUCCAGAAGCACCUCGCCGAGUUCGACCUCUCCGACUUCAGUGAGGCUGGAGAGGCAAGCGAGGGGGAGAAGGCCGAGAAGCUGCUGCAUCUCCUGUGGGGCUUUGAUAACAAGGAUGAUUUCCAGCUGUAUUGAGGAUGGGAGUGAAGUCAAGAGGAAAAGGGAGGGAGGUAAAAGGAGGAGGAGUGGAAGAGAAAUGUGAUAGGAAGAGAGGAUUUAAAAAAAAAGAAGAAGGAGAGAGAGAGGAAGAUGAAAGGGUGUAAUUGGAAGAAAACAGAAGGAUAAGGAAGAAAUGAUAUUCUUUCCUUCCUUCUCUUUAUUGGUUAUUAUGUUAUUAUACCAAUUCGAUAAGAUAGUCUGAGGAUAAUAAAUUGUUGAAAAAUUA